ACGUCAUUUCGCCGGCCGAACCCAAGCCCGAAGACGACGAAGACGGGGCAUGGCCGACGCGGCUCCAGGAGAGGGCGGCAACAACAAGAAGGAGGUCCAGCCGGCCAAGUUCAUCGAGGCCCGGGUCGCGACGGCCUUUGGCGGCGGCCCCAAGUUCCUCGCCAAGUACGCGACCGAGCCCAACGAGAUCUGCAUCAAGGAGUUCAUCGAGAAUGAGGACCUCACGUGCCUCCUCUUCUCGGGCGACAAUGUGAUUGCGUCGACCAAGAUGCCAGCGACGCUGCCGCGCGGCAAGACGAUCGCGUUUGCCAAGAUGCACAAGUGCGUUCUCUCAGGGAAGAACAUCUUGACAGACGUGCUCGUGAGUGAGUUGGGCACAAGCUCGAUCGAGCACUUGGAGAAGCUCGUCUCGGAAGUCUACCUCCCGCUCUUCUCCAACCCGAGCAACCAAGAGGGCUGGGGCGAGGUCGCGUCCAAAGAAGUCGUCGACAAGUUCCACUCGUACAUGGCGACUGUCUCGAUCAUUGCGGGCGCGACCAAGGGCGAGACGUGCCUCCCGCUACCGCCCGUCGAUGGGAACGCAGCCAAUCUCAAGAACAAGAUCUCGCUCCUCGAAGGCUCGAUCGUGACGUGGACCAAGCAGAUCAAGAACGUCCUCAAGCAAGACCCGGAAGAGCUCUUGAAGCAAGGCAUGAACCCGACGCCGGACGCCGAAAUUGAGUUUUGGAAGCUCAAGGCCGCGAAUCUCAACUCGAUUUUUGAGCAGCUCCAGAGCAAGCGCGUGCGCAAGAUUUUGACGGCGCUCGACCGGUCCAAGAGCACGUACUGCACCCCGUUCGCGCGGCUCUGCAAGGAGGUGUUCACCGCGCGCAUUGAGGCCAACGACAACACCAAGUACCUCCGGACGCUCGAGGAGUGGUUCCAUCACCUCAACAACGACGACGACUUUCUCAACUUGACCGAGCUCUUCAAGCCGAUGCUGCACAUCAUUUUGCUAAUUUGGAAAAACUCCAAGCACUACAACACACCGGCGCGGCUCGUUGUGCUCAUUCGCGAGAUCUGCAACUCGCUCAUCAACCAAGCGCGCGUGUACCUGAGCGGCGAGAUGAUCUUCGGCCUCAUCGACCAAGACUUGGCGGGCCAGGCCGUCGAGCAGCUCAAGACGACGCUGCAAGUGUGCUCGACGUUCAAAAGCACGUACUUUGACUACAAGGCGACCGCGAACGCCGAGUGUCCCUCGAACCCGUGGCGCAUCCAGAACAACGCGCUCUUUGUGCGGCUGGACUCGUUUCUCGAGCGCUGCCACGACAUUCUCGACUUGACGCAGACAAUCGUGCAGUUUACAAAGCUCUCCAAGAUGGAGGUCGGCGGUACAAAAGGCAAGACGCUGACCAUGAGCGUCCAGCAGAUCCACCACGACUUUACCGAGGCCGUCAACACGUUCAAGCGUGUCUCGAGUGACAUCAUGGACGUGGGGGCGACGAAGUUCGACGACAAUUUUUACGAGUUUCGGUGCAAAAUCAAGGAGCUCGAGCGCCGCCUCGGGUCGGUGCUCACCCAGGGCUUUGACGACUGCUCGACGGUCUUUGGUCGCUUCAAGCUCCUCGACUCGUUUGAAGGGCUUCUGAACCGACCGAUUAUCCAAGAUGAGCUCGAGAAGAAGCACGUGGCGCUCGUCCAGGCGUACGGAAUGGACCUCAAGCACGUACAGGAGCUCUUUUUGCACAGCCGGGACGCGCCACCGAUUUCGUGGAACUUGCCGCCGAUUGCCGGCGCGCUCACAUGGUGCCGCGGCCUCAUCGAACGCAUCGAGCACCCGAUGAAGAAACUCAAGGAGCUCAACCACAACGUCAUGGACCGCGAAGAAGCCAAAGAAGUCUACAAGGUCUACGGCACCGUCCUCGCGUCGCUCCAAGAGUACGAGAACCAAAAGGUGGAAGAGUGGAGUCGGGACGUUGAGGCGUCGUCGCAGGCCAAGCUCAAGCUCCCGAUCCUCGUGCGCAACCCCCACACGCGCAUCCUUCGCGUCAAUUUCGACCCGGCGCUCGAGAAGCUUUUGCGGGAAGUCAAGUACCUCCGGUGCCUCGGCUUGGACGUGCCGCAGUCGGCGCUCUCGAUCUCGCAAAAGGAGGAGACGUUCCGCAAGUACCGCGGCGACCUCAUGUACAUUGUCGAGCCAUACAACUCGAUGAUCGAGGGCUUACACGCCGUCGAAGAGCCGUUGGUGCGCAAACACAUUACCAACAUUGACGCGAGCGUCGGGCGCGGCAUCGAAGAUCUCAACUGGAAGAGCAACGGCAUCGAGACGUUCAUCGAAGACUGCCGCCGCUCCGUCGAAAGUGCCAACGAGGUGGUUACGAACCUCAAGGAGAGCCUCAGUACGAUCGAGCUGACGCUCACAAGCUGGAACCAGCCGCUUCUCGAGCGCCAAGCCAAGCCGAUCGCCGCCAACGAGCACGAGCGGUUGCACAAGAGCUCGAUUGCGCAGCGCACGCUCAAGAUCCGCGAAGGCGCGGCAGAGAUCCACAAGCGACUCAAGGCAUCAAAUGCGGGUAUUGUGGGCGUCAACUCGGCGCACUGGAAGGCAUAUGUCGACUACGUCAACAACAUUGUCGUCGGCGGCGUCGCCAAAGUCAUUUGCUCGAGCUUGGAGUUUUUGGCCAAGCAGCUCGAACCGAAUCAGACGCCCGCGACGCAGAUUGUGAAAGAAGAUGAGAAGAAGGGCGCGAAAGAAGGCAAGGACAGCAAGGACAGCACUGCGUCGCGGCUCCCGAUGCUCGAGAUCAAGCUCGACUUGAUUUCAAACCGCGUCCAGUUCAACCCGUGUCUGACGGAGAACAACGGCAAGGGUCUCCGCGACACGAUUCAAAUGUGGAUCAACUCGUUCUUCAACGUCGCGACCGCCGUGAAGCGCCUCGACUCGGACGGCGGCGGCACGUACCUCAAGGAGAUGCACUCGGACAUGAACAUUUGCAUGCAGCUCGCGAUCAUUUCCGAGUACCUCACCGAGAAUGAGAACCAGCUCAACGCGUUCAAGAAGAAGUACGACAACUACGCGUACCUCUGGGAGUCGAGCAUGGACGACGUGUUUGCGGCGUUCCUCGAAGGCGCGCAGUACGUCUCGGCGCAUGGCGCGACGAUGCUCAACCUCGAAAAGUUCAACGAAGAAAUCACCAAGUACUCGCGCGUCGCCAACGAGAUUGCAAACCUCGCGACGCCGACCGACGUGGGCUGGCUGCGCGUCAACUCGCAGCCGAUCAAAACCGCCAUGGUCACGUGGGUGAGCAAGUGGGUCUACCAGUACACGACGUACCUCUACAAGCACGUCGUGACGAAGCUCAGCUCGCUGCACAAGUUUAUGGAGGUUGUGCUCAAGGGCCUCGAGGAGGAAGUCGUCGAUAAGAACAAGGAGGCGCUCAUGCGCGUCAUGACGCACAUUCGCGACGUGCGCAAGCAGAUCGACGCGACCAACGAGAUGUUUGACCCGCUCCGGCAAGCAGUGCACCUUCUCAAGACCCACGGCGUCAACAUUGACGACACCAAGAUCGCGGACCAGACGAUCCAAGACUACCUCGAGGCUGCGCCAUUGCAGUGGGAAGGCAUUGUCAACAAGACGUUCAAGAAGAAGGAGGAGAUCAUGCCGCUCCAGAUCUCCGAGUGCGACAGCAUCAAGGUCGCGCUCGACGAGUUUUACAAGGACAUGCGCAAGUUCCGCAACGAUUUUCGCGCGAACGCGCCGUUUACGUUUGCGGGUCAGCCCGAAGAGGCGUACAAGAUGGUGGACGACUACGCCGUGCGCCUCGCCGAGCGUAUCAAGCAAGCCAAGCAGUUCAACGAGCUGGAGGAGCUCUUUGAGCUCCAAGUGUCCAAGUACCAAGAGACGACCGACACGCUGUAUGAGCUCCAGCAGCUCAAAAAGGUCUGGGACAUGAAGGACAUGGUGCUGCACACGUUCUCCGAGUGGAAGAAGGCGCUGUGGGUCAAGAUCGACACCGAGUCGAUGGAAGCGUACACGCGCAACGUCACAAAGCAGAUGAAGGCCGAGAGCAACGAGAACCAAAUCAUCAAGCAGUGGCAGACGUACAAGGACACGGAGCAAAUGGUCAAGAACAUGGCGACGAUUCUGCCGCUCAUCAACGAUUUGCACUCGGAAGCGAUGCAAGAUCGGCACUGGAAAGCGCUCUCGUCGCUCUGCAAGGUCAAGGCGAUUGACCCCAAGGACCCAAAGUUCAGCUUUGCCGACUUGCUCAAGCUCGAGCUGCAUUUGCACGUCGACGACGUCGGGGAGAUUGUCGAGACGGCCAACAAGGAGCAAAAGAUCGAGAAGAAACUCACGCUCAUCGAAGACCUCUGGCGCCGCCUCACGCUCGACUACGUGCCGCACAAGGACUCGGGCACGUUUGUCAUCAAGCCGUCCGAAGAGGUGGUCGAAAGCCUCGAGAGCAACCAGCUCGAGCUGCAGACGAUGGUGGGCAUGGGCAAAUUCGUCGACUUCUUCAAAGACCGCGUCUUGACGAGCCAGAAGAGCCUCGGCCACGUCGAAGAAGUCUUGAAGGAGUGGGUGAGCGUCUCCAAGCAGUGGGCGUCACUCGAAAGCAUCUUCUUGAGCUCGCCUGAUAUCCGCAACCAGCUCCCAGACGACACGCGGACGUUCGAGUCGAUCGACUCAAACUUCAAGGACCUCAUGAAGAAUGCGAUUCUCGAACCCAACGUCGUGAACGCGUGCUCGGUCGAGAACCGGCUCGAGAGCUUAAAGGAGAUGACGGCGAUGCUCGAGAAGUGCCAAAAGUCGCUCAACGAGUACCUCGACAAGAAGAAGAAGAUCUACCCGCGCUUCUACUUUGUGUCCAACGUUGCGCUCCUCGACAUUUUAUCCAACGGCAACAACCCCAAGAAGAUCAUGCCGUUCUUGGGCGACUGCUACGACUCGCUCAACAACCUCAUCUUUGAGGAUGGCAGCCAAAACACGGCCCAUACAAUGAUCGCCAAGGACAAGGAGCACGUCAAACUGCCCAAGAUCUUUGUCAUGGCGGGUGCCGUCGAGAGCUGGCUCAACGAACUCACGGAAGCCAUGCGCUACUGCAUCAAGAAGGAAAUGCACGAUUCGAUCGAGACGGCGGCCAAUUGGGACGUCGAGAAGCCCCGGCACCUCUGGCUUUUCGACUACUCGGCUCAAGUCGUGCUCAACUCGACGCAAAUUUACUGGACGGAAGAAACCGAGAUGGCGCUCGAAGAGUUUGAGAACGGCCAAGAAGACUCGGUGAAGCGGUACCUCGCCCUGUGCAACCAGCGCCUGGAACAGCUCAUCAAUUUGGUGCUGGGCGAGCUCACGAAAAGCGAUCGGUGCAAGAUCAUUGCACUCAUUACGCUCGACGUGCACUCGCGCGACGUGGUGAAAAAGCUCGUGGAUGAAAAAGUCGAGGGGCCGCUGAGUUUCCUCUGGCAGCAGCAACUGCGCUUCAUUUGGCGCCAAGAGACCAUGGACGUCGACAUUCGCAUCACCGACUUCCGCUCGAAAUACUCGUACGAGUGGAUUGGGAACACGGGUCGCCUCGUCAUUACACCGCUCACGGAUCGGUGCUACAUUACGUUGACGAUGGCGCUGCGGCUCUUCCUCGGGGGGGCGCCCGCGGGCCCCGCCGGGACGGGCAAAACGGAGACGACAAAGGAUCUCGCGCGCGCCAUGGCGCUCUGCUGCUACGUCUUCAACUGCUCAGACCAGAUGAACUACCAAACAAUGGCCGACAUCUUUCGGGGUCUAUGUCAAACGGGCACGUGGGGCUGCUUUGACGAGUUCAACCGCAUCAACAUUGAAGUGCUCUCCGUCGUCGCGACCCAAGUCAAGUGCGUGCAGGACGCGAUCGUUCUCAACGCCGUACCCGCGAACCGUGAAGAAAAGUACCGGCACAUUGCCGCGGGGACGCCGCCCGUCGUCGUCGGCGAGUUUGAGUUUAUGGGCGCGUCCGACCGCAUUACGCUCAUUCCUACGUGCGGCUUCUUCAUCACGAUGAACCCGGGGUACGCCGGCCGCACCGAGCUGCCCGAGAACCUCAAGGUGCUCUUCCGGUCGUGCGCCAUGAUUCGCCCCGAUCUGCGCCCGAUUUGCGAAAACAUGCUCAUGUCGGAAGGCUUUCAGCAAGCGCGGACGCUCGCAAUCAAGUUUGUGACACUCUACCAGCUCAGUUCCGAACUUCUCUCCAAGCAGUUUCACUACGAUUGGGGGCUUCGCGCAGUCAAGUCGGUCUUGCGUGUCGCCGGUAUCCUCAAGCGUGCCGAGCCCGAGGUCGAAGAAGACAAGGUGCUCAUGCGCGCACUCCGUGAUUUCAACACGCCCAAGAUUCCGCAGCUCGACACGCCGAUUUUCCUGCGUCUUAUCAACGAUCUCUUUAUCGGCGUCGAAGUCAACCCGAAAGUGAACCUCGAGCUCCGUGACAAGACGGUCGUUGUCUGCAAGGCCAACAACCUCCAGCACGACGAGUCGUUCAUUCUCAAAGUCUGCCAGCUCCAAGAACUCAUUGACGUCCGGCACUCGGUGAUGCUUCUCGGCAGCGCGGGCUCGGCGAAAACAACGACUUGGCAAACGCUUGCCAAGUGCUGGAACCUCAACAAGGAAAAGAAGGUCUGCGUCUACGAGACGCUCAACCCAAAGGCCGUCACGUCCGACGAGCUCUACGGCUACAUGACGCUCUCGAAAGACUGGAAGGACGGUGUCAUCUCGAUCAUCAUGCGCGGUAUGUCGAAAAACUACGCCGAGCAAGGGUUUUACGAGAGCCAAAUGUACAAGUGGGUCGUCCUCGACGGCGACAUUGAUGCCGUCUGGAUCGAGAGCAUGAACACAGUCAUGGACGACAACAAGGUGCUCACGCUCGUCUCGAACGAGCGCAUUCCGCUCUCGGAGGCGAUGCGCAUGUUUUUCGAGAUCAACUCGCUCAAGAACGCGACGCCCGCGACCGUCUCCCGCGCCGGUAUCCUCUUCAUCAACGAGUACGACAUUGGGUGGCGGCCGUUCAUGGAGUCGUGGGUCGCCCGGCGCGACGAAGAGAUCGAGCGCACGUACCUCCCGGGCAUGUUUGACAAGUACAUUGAGGCGACGCUCGAGAUGACACGCAAAGGCUUCAAGCAAGUGUCGUCGGUCCGUAUCAUCAACCAAGUGAGCACGAUCUGCUACCUCCUCGAAGGCCUCUUUGCGGAAAUCCCGGCCGAGAAGAAGACGCAAGAGGUCAUCGAGUGCAUCUUUGUGUUUUGCGCGACGUGGGCGUUUGGCGGUCCGUUCAUCGUCGACAAGAGCGUCGACUACCGCAAGAACUUUAACGAGCUCUGGAACGCGACGUUCACUGCGGUCAAGUACCCGAAAGAAGGCACGUGCUUCGACUACUUUUACAACAUUGAGACCAACGAGUUUGAGCACUGGAGCAGCCGCGUACCCAAGUAUGCGCCGACGCCGAUCGGCAACGCAAUCUCGGACACGCCGUUCUCGACGAUCGUCAUCAGCACCAUCGACUCGGUGCGGCUCACGCGCCUCGUGGAGAUUCUCGUCAACCGGCAGCGACCCGUGCUGCUUGUGGGCGGCGCCGGCACGGGCAAGACCACGAUUCUCAAGACGUUUUGCCGCAGCCUCGACGAAGACAUGCUGCACGCGUGCAUCAACAUGAACUACUACACGGACUCGUUCAAGCUCCAGCAACAGCUCGAGCAAGUGAUCGACAAGCGGUCGGGGCGCAUGUUUGGUCCGCCCGCGACCAAGAAGCUCAUCUACUUUAUCGACGAUCUCAACUUGCCGUACAUUGAGACGUACGGUACGCAGAACGCACUGGCGCUUAUGCGCCAGCACAUGGACUACCGCACGAUCUUUGACCGGAUCGACCUCGGGUUCCGAAAGGAGAUUGUUGACGUCCAGUACCUCUCGGCGAUGAACCCGACGGCCGGGUCGUUCAUCAUCGACGAGCGUCUCCAGCGCCAUUACGCGCUCUUUGCGUGCAUGAUGCCGAGCAAGGAAGACCUCAAGACGAUCUACAAUUCAAUUCUCAAGGGGCAUCUCGGCUUUGGCUUUUCAAACGCUGUCGUGAACGCGAGCGAGGUCUUUGUCGCGCUGAGUAUUGCGGCCCACGAAGACAUUGCCAACAAGUUUUUGCCGUCCGCGACCAAGUUUGUCUACAACUGGAACAUGCGCGAGCUCAGCAACGUCGUGCAAGGCCUCACGCGGUCAAAAGGCGACUUUUACCCGACCGUCGAGUCGUUUGCGCGCCUUUGGAUCCACGAAACCACGCGCGUCUUUUGCGAUCGCAUGAUCAACAACGAAGACGUCGACAAGUUUACCGAUCGGAUGCGCGAAAUCUCCAAGAAAUUUCUGCCCGAUGUCGACCAAGAAAAACUCUUCCCCAAGCCGUCCACUGGCGAAGACGAAGAGCCCGGCACGAUUGUCAAUAUCUACACGACGUUUGCGGUGCCAGUCGCCGGCGCCGACUCGGUGUAUUUGCCUGUCGCGGGCAUGAAGCAGCUCAACAAGGUACUCACGGACCAGCUCGACGACUACAACUCCAAGUACUCGAUGAUGAACCUCGAGCUUUUCGGAAACGCGAUGGAGCACGUGACGCGCAUCUGCCGCAUCAUUGGCAACCCCGGCGGUAACGCCAUGCUCAUCGGUGUCGGCGGGUCCGGGAAGCAGUCGCUCUCGCGCCUCGCGUCGCACAUUUGCGGCUUUGACGUGCGCCAGCUCAGCGUCACGAGCAACUUCAAGAUUGACGAUUUGAAAGAAAGCCUUCAAGAGAUGUUCAAGACGUCGGGCGUCCAAGGCAUUCCGCUCGUGUUUUUGAUCACAGACUCGCAAAUUGUCAACGAGCGCUUCCUCGUCUUCAUCAACGACAUGCUGAGCUCGGGCUGGAUCCCCGAUUUGUUUGCAAAAGAAGACGUCGACGUGCUCUUGGCCGGUCUCCGAAACGAAGCCAAGGCCCAAGGUGUGCCCGACACGCCCGAUACGCUCAUGGACUUUUUGCUGCUGCGGAUUCGCUCCAACUUUCGCAUCAUCAUGUGCUUCUCGCCGGUCGGCGCCGUCUUCCGAGUCCGCGCCCGGCGCUUCCCCGGUCUCGUCAACUGCACGGUCAUUGAUUGGUUCCACCCGUGGCCCCGGGACGCGCUCGUGCGCGUGGCCACGAGCUUCUUGGAGAAGGUCGAGGACCUCGGCGACAAGGCGCUCAAGAAGAGCCUCGCCAACCACAUGGCCGACGUGCACAUUUCCGUGACCGACAUGAGUAAAAAGUACUUUGAGACGCAGCGCCGGUUCAACUACGUGACGCCCAAGAGUUUUCUCGAGCUCAUUUCGUUCUACGAAGUGCUUCUUGGCCAAAAGAAGGCCGAGAUCCAGCGCCAAAUCACACGCCUCGACGACGGGCUGAGUACGCUGCGCAAGACGUCGGCGGACGUGGCCGAGCUCCAAAUCGACUUAAAGAAUACGAUGCAAGUCGUGGCCGAGAAGCAAGCGUCAACCGACGUCCUUCUCGAACAAAUGGGCCGCGAGAAGGCAGGCGCCGAAGUCCAGCAAGAGAACGCCAACAAGGAAAAAGCCAAGGCCGAGAAGGCGUCCGCGUCGGCGCAGGAGCUCGCGCAAGAGGCGGAGAAGGAGCUGUCGCAGGCCAAGCCGGCCAUGGACGCUGCGGCCGCUGCCGUCGACUGUCUCUCCAAGGCAGCGAUCACGGAACUCAAGUCGCUGCCCAAGCCGCCGGCCGGUGUCGAUCUCGUCACCAAGGCGUGUCUCAUUCUCGUUGAGAAAGAGUACAAAAACCAUAAGUGGGACCGCGCCAAGAAGAUGAUGAACAACGUCGGUCAGUUUCUCGACUCGCUCAAGGUGUUUCGCGGCGAAGACAUUCCGGAAGCGGACGUUGCGCGUCUCGAGCCCCUCAUUGCCGACCCCGAGUUUACGACCGAGAAGAUGCUUUCCAAGUCGGCGGCCGCGGCCAACCUCUGCUCGUGGGUCGUCAAUAUCUACACGUUCAACCGCAUUUACGUGCGCGUCAAGCCGCUCAUGGACUCGCUCGAAGCGUCGAAAAAGAAGAAAGAAGAGGCCGAAGAGACACUCGCCAAGGCCAUGGCGCAGGUCGCCGAAGUCCAAAAGCGCCUCGAGCAACUCGAAGACACGCUGCGCUUGGCGACCGAAGAGAAGCUGCGCGUCGAGCAAAUGAAGCAAAACUGCGAGAACCGACUGCAACUCGCGGGGAAGCUCGUGAACGGCCUCGCAAGUGAAAACGAGCGCUGGGGCAUUGAGAUUGAGCAGCUCAAAGCCAACGGCGUCAUGGUCGUCGGCAACUCGCUUCUCGCGGCGGCGUUCGUCUCGUACAUUGGCGCGUUUGACCAGCAGUUUCGACGCGAGCUGUGGCAGACCCUCUGGGUGCCCGAUCUGAUCGCCAAAGCCAUCCCGAUCACGGACGGCAUUGACCCGCUCCAGAUGCUGACGACCGAAGGCAAGAACGCCAAAAUGCUCAGCGAGGGCCUCCCCGCCGAUCGCAUUUCGAUUGAGAACGGGUCCAUUAUCACCAACUGCACGCGCUGGCCGCUCAUCAUCGACCCGCAGCUGCAAGGCAUCAAGUGGCUGCGUGAAAAGGAGAAGGCGCGCGAGCUGGUCGUGAUCCAGCUGACGCAGAACCAAUGGCUGCGCAAGAUGGAGACAGCGAUCGUCAACGGCCACGUCGUGAUUGUCGAAAACAUUGGCGAAGAAAUCGACGCGACGCUCGACCCGGUGCUGGCGCGCGCUGUGUACAAGAAAGGCUCGAGCGCGUCACUGUACCUAAAGUUCUCGGGCGAAGAAGUGCAGUACGACCCGAGUUUCUUUAUGUACCUCCAGACGAAGCUAUCCAACCCGCACUACAAGCCCGAGAUUGCGGCGCAGUGUACGCUCAUCAACUUUAUUGCGACCGAGUCGGGCUUGGAAGACCAGCUACUGGAGAAAGCUGUCAACAAGGAGCAGCCCGAGCUCGAGAAGCAAAAGCAAGAGCUCGUCUUGGCCUUUCAGAAAUUCAAAAUCGAUUUGGUCGAGCUUGAGGACCAGCUGCUCGAACGCUUGGCGAAUGCGCCGGACGAUAUCUUGUCGGACGUGCCCCUCAUCGAGUCGCUCGAAGAGACCAAGAAGAAGGCGACCGACAUUGCGAUUUCUGUCAAGAAGAACCAAGAGACGGAGAUCAUCAUCAACAACACGCGUGAACUCUACCGACCCGUGGCGGCCGAAGGCGCGAUGCUCUACUUCUUGCUCACGACGCUUAGCGCCAUCGACCACAUGUACCGUUAUUCGCUCGACUCGUUCAUCACGUUCUUCUACGCGUCGAUUGAUCGCGCGCCGAGCGCCGAGAAGCAAGCCGAGCGCGUGCUGAAUUUGCGCGAGUCGCUUCGGAUCACGGUCUUUACGUGGGUCUCGCGCGGCCUCUUCGAGUCGCACAAGCUCAUCUUCCUCUCGCAGCUCACGUUCAACCUCAUGAAGCGCGGCAUUCUCGGCGAAGACGUCCGCAUCGCCGACACGUACAUGCAAUUCCUGCUUCGAGGGCCGAAGAAGACGGCGUCCGGCGACGCCGAUGCCAACCCCAUCGAUUGGCUACCCAACGCGCAGUGGUACGCGAUCCAAGCGCUCUCGACGCUCGAGGAGUUCAACAAGAUGCCCCAAGACCUCCGAGAGGCGUCGUCGCGCUUCCGUGAAUGGUACAACCACGUGACGCCCGAGAGUGAAAAGCUGCCGCUGGACUGGGCCGGCCUCGACCGCACGCCGUUCCUCAAGCUCCUAGUCGUGCGGUGCCUCCGACCCGAUCGCAUGACGGUCGCCGUGUCGGAGUUUAUUCGGCACGUCUUGCCCAAUGGCGCCAUGUACUGCGACUGCGACUCGGCGCUCAACUCGACGCAGGUCAUGGACAACUCGUACUUGGACUCGACGCCGACAACACCGCUCUACUUUAUCUUGUCGCCCGGCGCCGACGUUGUCGCGGGCCUUGACAAGCUCGCAAUCAAGUAUGGCUUUGAGCGCGGUGUCUCGUACCACAACGUGUCCAUGGGCCAAGGCCAAGAUGUGUUUGCGAUGGACCGCCUCGAAGUCGCGCACCGCAACGGGCACUGGGUCAUCCUCAACAACAUCCACCUCAUGCCGCGCUGGCUCAUUACGCUCGAGAAGAAGCUCGACGAGUUUGCGUUGGAGGGUUCGCACAAGAACUUUCGGCUCUUUCUGACGUCCGACCCGUCGAAUGCGAUUCCGAUUGGCGUUCUCAACCGCUGCAUCAAGCUCACAAACGAGCCCCCGAGCGGCUUGAAAGCGAAUUUGAAGCGGGCGUUUGUGAGCUUUCCGAAAGAGUACAUUGAAGAAGCCGAAGGCAAAGUCAAGUCAAUUCUCUUUGGCUUGUGCCACUUUCAUGCUGUCAUGAUGGAGCGCAAGAUGUACGGCCCGCUCGGCUUCAACAUGAUGUACCCGUUCUCGCUCGGCGAUCUCCGCGACUCGGCCAUUUGCCUCAACAACUACCUCGAGAAUUCGGGCGGCGGCAAGAUUCCGUGGGCCGAUCUCAAGUACAUUUUCGGCGAAAUCAUGUACGGCGGCCACAUUGUCAACGACUUUGACCGGCUCCUCGCCAACACGUACCUCGACUUUUACAUGCGCGACGAGCUCCUCGAUGAAAUGGAGAUGUUCCCGUUCGUCGGCGACGAGAAGGGCCCGUCGUUCAUGUCGAUUGCGCCGUCGUCGUACGACAAGUACCUCGAGCACAUUGAGACCGAGCUCAAGUCGGACUCGCCGCUCGCGUUUGGCUUGCACCCGAACGCCGAGAUCGACUUUCGUACGACCCAGUCGGAGAGUCUCUUUCGAACGCUCAUGGAGCUCCAGCCGCGCGACGCAGCCUCGGGCGACGCGGCCUCGAGCCCGAUGGAGAUUGCGCGGUUGGCGCUCGAGACGAUCAUGGGCCGCAUUGGCGAAAAGAAGUUUGAAGUCGACGACAUUGCCCGGUCGCUCGAAGAGAUUGGGCCGUACCAAAACGUGUUUAUCCAAGAGUGCGACGCGAUCAACGUGCUUUUGCAGGAGAUCGCGCGGUCGCUCAACGAGCUCCAGCUCGGGUUCCUUGGUGAACUCACCAUGUCGGAUGCCAUGGAAGCGGUCCAAGAAGCCCUCUUCCUCGACCGCGUGCCAAAAACGUGGGAAAAGCUCGCGUUCCCGAGCGCGCGCAUGCUCGCGAGCUGGCUCCUCAACCUCGAACAGCGAUUGGCACAGCUCGACGAGUGGACGCAAAACCCGAGUGACAUUCCGCGCGUCACGUGGCUUUCGGGCAUGAUCAACCCGCAGUCGUUCUUGACGGCCAUCAUGCAAGUGACGGCGCAGCGCAGCCAACUGGAGCUCGAUAAGCUCGUGAUCCAAACCGACGUGCUCAAGCGCAAGUUCAACGAAGUCGACGCGCCGUCGCGCGAUGGCGCGUACAUCCACGGGCUCUUCCUCAUGGGCGCGCGCUGGGACUCGAACAACUCGACCGUCGACAAGAGUAUGCCGAAGGAGAUGUUUUGCUCGAUGCCAGUCAUCAACUGCAAGGCGAUCCAGUCCGACAAGCUCGAUCUCAAGGGCUCGUUCAUUUGUCCGUGCUACAAGACCGAAUUCCGAGGACCCACGUACGUCUUCUCGGCGCAGCUCAAGACCAAGUCGCCGCCCGCGCGCUGGGUCUUGGCCGGUGUCGCCCUCAUCAUGGACGUCCCCGUCGUAUGAGCGUCUUUCUCUAUAUGCAAUAGUGCUAGAGUAACUACAGAAACAACCCGUGUACAAACA